AGGAGGUGAGAGCCCUAUGCAAGGGCAGGUUUAGAAAGCAGCUCUUUCAUGCCUCUGGUCGGAUCUUCUGGCAUCUUUGCCCCCCUCUUUCCCUUUCGGAGCCGGGACAGAAGAUGUUGAAGAGGUGCAGGAGGAGACGGCGACUCUCGCAGCAGCGCUAUUGAAGAGCCCACAGGACAAGAUGCUGCCGAGUUUUUGCAGCGUUCCCAGGGUCCUAGUGCACGGCUGCUCCUCUACUUGUUGAGCCCGGGCUCGUUCGCUGGCACUGUCGCCCCAGAAAUGGAAAGUCCGAGUGGGGCUGGAUUCGGAGCUCACCCACCCCGGGGGAGGGGCGGUUCAGUGAGAGAGGGGCAUUAAAGAGGGACCCACCUCCCCGCAUUGCCAGAGGGUGGAAUCAGAAGAAAGUAAUGGAUUUAUCCAACACCAGCAGCACCCUGCAGUGGGGUAACAGGAGUUCGGGCCCGGGUGAGGGGCAACUACCCCAGGGAGGGGCGUCAGUCUUCAGUAUCUUGGCACUGACGCUGCUGGCCGGCCUGGUGCUGGCCACGUUGCUGUGGAACGGCCUGGUGUUGCUCACCAUCCUGAGGGUGCGGGCUUUUCACCGGGUUCCGCACAACCUGGUGGCUUCCAUGGCGGUGUCGGACGUGCUGGUUGCGGCCCUGGUGAUGCCGCUGAGCCUGGUGCACGAACUGCACGGUCGCCGCUGGCGCCUGGGCCGCCCACUGUGCCAGCUCUGGGUCAGUCUGGACGUGCUGUGCUGCACGGCCAGCAUCUGGAACGUGACCGCCAUCGCCCUGGACCGGUACUGGUCCAUCAGCCGGCACCUCGAGUACACAGUGCAGGCGCGCCGCCGUCUCUCCAACCUCAUGAUAGGCCUGACCUGGGCUCUGUCCGCCAUCAUCUCCCUCUCGCCGCUAUUCGGCUGGGGGGGCAACACCUACUCAGAGCGGGACGGCCGCUGCCAGGUCAGCCAGGAGCCCUCCUACACCAUCUUCUCCACCUUUGGAGCUUUUUACCUGCCCCUCUGCGUGGUGCUGUUCGUCUACUGGAAGAUCUACAAAGCUGCCAAGUUUCGCAUCGGAUCCCGCAAAGCCAACACCGUCAGCCCGAUGCCCCAAGUGGUAGAGGUGAAAGAGGCGAGCCAGCAGCCUCAGAUGGUGUUCACUGUGCGGCACGCCACUGUAACGUUCCAGACUGAUGGUGAUACCUGGCGGGAGCAGAAGGAGAAGAAAGCAGCGCUGAUGGUCGGUAUCCUCAUCGGGGUCUUUGUGCUGUGCUGGAUCCCAUUCUUCAUCACUGAACUCAUCAACCCCCUGUGCUCAUGUGACAUUCCCCCGAUCUGGAAAAGUAUCUUUCUCUGGCUGGGCUACUCCAACUCCUUCUUCAACCCUCUGAUUUACACUGCCUUCAACAAGAACUACAACAACGCCUUCAGAAACCUCUUCGCCAGGCAGAGGUAGUGCUUUGGCAAGGUGCUGUCGCAGCCUUCUGUCAAGUUUUAGUCAAGAUUAAAUGAACACACACACACACACACACACAAAGCGUGCAUGGUCAAUGUGAAAAAAAAAGCUGCAAAAAUGCCUUGGAAAUUAGAGGGUGGCGGAAGGGGAGCUUGCAGUGUCAUGUAGCCAACCUAUUUAGCAGCUCCGACACUGUUUCUUGUAAAACCCGAAACAGUAUUUGUGGUUCUGAGCAUUUCCAACAAUGAUUCCCUUGUAAAGUAUCUGUACAUAUUGCAGUUAUACACACAUUGCCACCCAGCACACAGACUAGCAGGCCACAUAUCUGCUGUCACCGGCUCCACCAUGUAACUGUGGGAUUGACAAUAAGGACUGACCAAAAAUGAACGCUGUUGAACCUAUUUUGUAUUGAAAUGCCGAGUCCGUCUGUCUUCAUCCCAGUAUCACCCAACGGUUUUUUCUCUCU